AGGAAAGAGAGAGAGAGAGAGGAUGAGUCCUCUCGUCACGUGUCAGAACACGUGAGAGAUGCCUCAAGGCCAAGGGUCCAGGUCCUCCCAAGGCAGGGGUCUCUGGCGACCCCUUGCAGCCUUGGCCUUCCCCGGCAUCUAUCUCAUGACCAAGGUGUCUCAAUUGAAACGACGCCAUGCCGAAGACACGAGAAGAAGGGUCACGGAAAGGGAUCUCGCAAAUCUCAAUCACAAAAUCAGUUCCUCGUCUCACCGGGCAAGGUCCCGAAAGGUACUCGGAAGGUCGCCGAAGGGAAGAGAGGGAGGCGAAGAUGAAAGGAUCAAGAGAAGUGGGAAAGGGUCCAUGCGAGGAAAAGAAAAGAAUCCCGACAGUCACGAUUUGAGUUUAUCUUCUAAUCCCAUCCCUCGGCUUGUGGGCUUUAUCUUCCAGAUCGCUAACAAGGAAUUCACGGCUUAG